AUGGCGAGACAACGCACGCUAGACGUAAAGUUUACUCCUUUACGAGCAAAUAAAUCGAUGCGUGAUCUCCAGCGCUCGGGGGGCCAGCGCAAGACCGCUCACCGCCAAAAGAAUUCAGCUCUAUUCUCCCAUUCUACUGCUCUCCAGCGCGGUCGACAACGGGUUUCAUGGGCAGCCGCAGACGAGACGACCUUGUUCACUCCUCCUAGAGACGACAAUCAAGACGAAGACAUGGAAGACGAACAAAGCUCCGAGGGCGAAGAUUGGGAAGACGGCGCGACGCUCGUCUCUAGACUCAUGAAUGUCGAUCCCGAUGCUCAAGAGGCUGGUAUUGAAGAACUGGAAGAAACUGUGGACGCAUUAAAAGUUCCCUUUGCAAAAGUUGGCCAGGCUCUCAAGAAUGAUCUGAUCGAGGCCCUUGUUCCUACUCUUUCACAUAUCAAAAAGACGCAUGACGAUAUUGCCAGUGGACCCGACAAGCACUUUGAGGACGCAAUUUCAAAGUUUCAUGAAUAUUCGGUCACGUAUUCCAACGCGGUCAUGGGCUACCACGAGCAGUUUGAGCAAGCUCAAUUGCAAACCCAAGAGCUUACAAUUGAACUGUUCAAAAAACUUAAAUCAGCCUACAAGAGACAAGAAGAGUUGCGAAGCGAAUUCUUGACUCGCCUCAAGGCCAAAGUACAAGAGACACUGCUCGAGCUCAACGAAUUUGACGACGAGGUCGACAAGAUGGAGGCCCGCGUCCAGGCACGGCUCAAGGAGAUCCGCAAGGUGAAAGAACGGAACAAAAAGGAAGAUCUCAUGAAGUUGCUACAACUGGAUGACUGA